CACAUAUAGGAGGUGUGUGUGUGCAUUGGUGGGACUCCCAACUUACAGAAUGAGGCUGCUGGUCCUUCUCCUACUAGUAUGGCAAGCCCUGGGUGAAGUCAACAAGCCUCGACCAGUCCCACCAGUAAUUUUAGUGCCCGGGGAUGGCGGGUCUCAGAUGGAAGCCAAGCUGGAUAAGCCCGCUGUUGUUCACUAUGUAUGCGCAAAGAAAACUGACUCUUGGUUUGACUUGUGGCUUAACAUGGAGUCACUCAUUCCUGGAUUCAUUGACUGCUGGAUAGACAACAUGCGCCUUGUAUAUGACAAUACCACCAGGACCACCAAGAACUCUCCGGGAGUGAUGACCCGAGUGCCAGGCUUCGGCUCCACAAGUACAGUGGAGUGGCUGGAUCCAAGCCAUCACUAUCCCACCAGCUACUUCUAUGAUGUGGUGGAAGCCAUGGUGACGGGUUCCCUGGGCUACGUGAGGGAUUUCACAGUCAGAGGAGCACCAUAUGACUUCCGGAAAGCUCCAAUGAUGACUGUCACAAAGAGAGGAAAAUGGACUCAUUCACUUGGUAUCCACAUGGCAACAGAUGAACAGCAGAACUAUUUCAAGGCUCUGAAGCACAUGACAGAAUCAAUGUACAACGCCGUAGGGUAUCGUGUGGUGUACCUGCUCCACAGCAUGGGUGGCCCCAUGAUAUGGUACUUCCUAGCUAACCAGCCACAGUCAUGGAAGGACAAAUAUGUGGAGGGUGUCAUCUCUAUGGCUGGGGCUUGGGGAGGCUCUGUCAAGGCUGUCAAAGUGUACACUGCAGGGGACAAUCUGGGGAUCUACUUGAUAAAUCCACGGUCCAUUCGUGAGGAGCAGAGAUCAGCAACAAGCCUUGCCUUCUUGUUGCCCUCACCUGAUCUUUGGAAGGAAGAUGAAGUGCUGGUCCAAACACCAAAGAAAAAUUACACCACUUCAAAUUUUAAGGAUUUGUUUGAGGCACUGAACUUACCUGAUGCAUAUGAUAUGUACCUGGACACUAAGAACCUGCUAAAGGAUGCACCACCACCAGGAGUGGAUCUCUAUUGUCUAUAUGGACAUGGUAUCUACACUGUGGAUAAACUAGUCUACCAAGAAGGCAAUUUUCCCGAUAAACCUGAACUUUCCUAUGGGGACGGAGAUGGAACAGUAAACCUUCGUAGUGCUAAAGUUUGUGAGUCGUUUGCAUCAAAACAAAGAAGGAAGGUGCAUGCUAAAGCAUUCCCAGUGAUGGAGCACAUGGCCAUAUUGAAGGACGUUGACAGCAUCUUGUACGUCCUAGAGACACUCACAAACAUUACUGAGAAGAACGAGGAGGCUGCUGCCAAGGCUUUGGCAGAGGAAAGAGAGAAAAACAUGGUAGAAUAUAAUCUUUUCCACACAUUAUAUAAGAAAAAGAAAUUUAAAAGAAAUGACAUUAGUUCAGUAUCUUUCUGGAAGGUCUUGAAUAGCAAUACUAUGCCUGAGGUGUUGUGAUGAAAUAUAAUACUUAUUAACAAAUAAUUGCUGUCAGAUUCACCACAAGUUACCUCUACCUUAGUAUACUGUUGAUAGUACUUCAGAUAUGUUUGAUGACUGUUCUCAUGUGAUAACUGGACUUUUCUCUUGUGUGUCAAUGUUUGGUCUUUUGGGACAAAAAUUGAUCCUCAAAAGGGAUGUUCUUCCUAGCAUGGAGAGAUGGAAAUUGCACUCAGUUGAAUUUCCAUUACUUGAAUGUUUUAGUGAAUGUAUAUGUGUAUAUAUUAAUUGUAUCUAUAUUUGAUUUGUUUUAUGGAUAUAUUUAUGCUCAAAUGAUUUUAUUGAUAUAUGCAACUUUUAGUCUUUUAUUUCUUAUUUUGUUAUUUUCAUUACACUAUUUUAUAUGUUCGUGCAAAUUUUUCAAUGUGCACAAUAUUUUAAUGUUUUAUAGUAAUUCUUUCUAAAGUUAUGCAAUUCAAAGUAGUAUCUUAAAUCACUAAGUAUUGGAGAGCAAUAGCUUUCCCUCUCAGUCUCAGCAGCACAACACAACACAUCUGCCUGUUGCAAAUAUCUGAAACCAGCACAUUAAUGUCCCAUGCAUGUAAUUUAUUUUAUUUUAUUUUAUUUUAUUUAUUUAUUUUAUUUAUUUAUUUUUUUUAAGAAAUUUAUGCAUGCAUGGAAAGAUUUUCUUGGUUUCCAUUAGGUGCUUACCAUAAGCAGCACAUUGCUUCACACUGUGAAGCUAUGAGUAUUACACCAAAUGCUUUCUUUAGUCAACAAUAAACCUCAAAUUUAUCUGGCCUGUAGCAGUAUUAUUUAUUGUAUUCAAAGUGGAAGAUUGAAAUAAGAAAAAUGUACAAUUCACAAUUCCUUUGACAAAGGAAAGAAAAAUGGUGAGGAUUUUUAAAUUUGUAUUUUGCUUACAUAGGUACGUGUGUAUCACUGCUCGUCGUUAGAUGUUUCAAAGUUUCUGAAUCCUCAUGGCAAAGUGGAUGGUGUGCUGCGAGUGUUGAGGGAAGAACUCGAGUAGUAGUAUUUGUUUUUUUUUUUUUUUUUUUUUUUUUUUAGUAGUGAAAUAGACAUGGAAGUUUCAAAAGUGUGGAAGUGUAGUGUGCGAGGAAUGGAAUAGUGAAUGAAUGUGCCAAGGAUAGAAUAGAGGCAAAUGAAUGAAGAAAUAUGCACUUUGCUGUCCAUGAUAGUAAAGAAAUUAUGAAAAAUGAAAAUGUUAAACAUACUGGACAAUAUUGUGGCAAGUGUUCCAAAGCAUGUACUACUGUGUAAUGUACUGUAUUGUACCUGUAGAGCGAGAGAUUGUGAAGCAUUCUCCAUAGGCACAGCAACCAAUAGGAAAUGGAUAGUGAUAAGGAUGCCAUUUAUGUGUAUGUUGAGGUGUAUUUUCUCUUAUUUAUUUAUUUUUAUUUUUAUUUAUUUAUUUUUUCAUAUUUUUAGCAAUGUGAGACGAGUGAAAAUCUACUUAAAGGAAAACAAUAAAGGAUUUAAAAGAUACCAGUGAACAGAAAAUGAAGCUCUUUCUAAAGUUAAGUAGGUAAAGAAAGCAUUCGUUUUGUGAAAAGUAUAAUGAGGUGGCAGAAAAGAGAAUUGUAAGGGUAGCAUGCUUUUUUUGUGUGUUAAUACAGUAUUAUGUGAAAGACUGGCAAGGAAUGUUUGUGCCAAGUUGUAGUGGAUUAAUUGUCUUACAGAAGUGCAUGCAGCUCCUAAUGUGAAGCCUCUGGGUAUCUCAGGAAGUGUAUUUAUGUUCAUGGGGCCACGGUGAUGUAAUUACGGUGUUAGUAACCAGAAGAUGGAAAAGUGUCAGUAUACCAUCCCAGAAUCACAUGUUAAUUCUAGGUUGCUGACCAAACUGAAAGGCAUUAAAAUUGAAGGUAUUGGAAAUUGCCUAAUCUGUACACUGACUAGUCUGGCAUUUUUCUUGUAAUUGAACGUUUUAGAUAACUUAAUGUGUUGUUCUCUAUUUGCAAGUACAAUUAGAUAAAGACAUUUUCUCAUCUGUAUGUUCACUCCAUAGAUGGCAUUAUUCGUGAGUAGCCUUGCAACAUAGUCAGGCCAAAGGCAGCAAAAAGGUGAAAAAGAGAUGGAUGUGAUUUGCUUCGAAAUAAAUGGUUUAUUCUAA